GUUUAGUAGCCCUUCUCUGAACUCUCUCCAUUGUAUCUCCAAAAUUGUUUGUUUAUUUUUCAAUCUACUUUGGACACAAACCAACUGUUUGUAAUAGUGUAAAAAAAGUUAUACAUUUCAUGACUAUAAAACAAAGAUCAUGUUUGUCUUUUGUAUCACCUACGACAGUAGUUUCCACAAAUUUGUCCGCAUCCACAGCAGUCCAAUUUAUUAUUAUACCUUUUGGACUAAUUAAAGGGAAUUUCUGUACCCUAUAUCCUUUAGAAAUACAGGACAGCCUGCAUUGGAACUAACUGGCUACAGUGUAAUAAAUAGUUAAUUUUAGAACUGGAGAUGGGAGGGGAAGCAUGGGCUGACAUGCUCUGAGGACAGGCUCAGUAACUUCCUGGUUUAAAGACAAACUCUACAAUUUACAUCUACUUUAUAAUCAACAAAACAAGUAACCAGACGAAAAGGUAAGAGUUUAACUGACUUACUAUUUAAUCGUAACAGUCAGACAAUUGUUUCUCUCUUCAGAAAUCUACAUUGAAACAACAUUUCAGUUUAAACAAAAACAAACAGAAAACUGAACGACAAAAUGAAAGUAAGCAUUAAAGGCCUGAGCAGUUAUUCCCUCGUAUUUUACUUCAUAGGUGAAUCAACAGUAGCUGUGCUUGAAUUGAAAUUAUAUCAGAAAACACACUGAAAAAUGGAUGAUCUGUCAGUAAUGCUGCUGGGGAUAUCAACAAAUCUUGAUGACAAGGAACUUAAAGAUUUAAAGUUUCUUUGCCGGGAGAAGAUCUUUAAGAAACGGCUAGAAUCUAUAAACAGUGCCACCGAUCUUUUCACGUGCCUUAUGGAACUGAACGAAAUCUCGAAUGAAAAUUUAGAUACUCUGAUAAAAUUAUUGAAAUUAAUCAAGAGAGAUGAUCUUGUAAACAUAGUGGACGAUUACCAAAUACACCACCUGGGCUUUUCCACACAGCCUGAGAGACAGGAAAGAAGUAAGUAAUGAUUUCUGAUUAUGUAUGGUAUGUGUAUAUUAGUAGUGUGUGUGUCUAUACAUACACAGCGUGUAGGCAGAUAUGGGACAGUAUUUUUAGUUUCAUAAUGUAGACAUAAAGAACAUUUAACUCCUUAAUUACCAAGGCUGUUCAUCCCAAGCUGAGACAUCCAAGUAAUAUGUCAGUGACUGUUGGUCCAUGUAUGUGCUUCUGAUGGUUUGAUUAACACCAGAAUGCACUGGUCCAGUGAUAGGUAUGGAAUCGCCCCAGCAAUCACAUGUCUGUGGGGGCCUCCAGAAAGCCAUUUCUGUGAUAUUUAAAUUCCUAGCCCACAUUCAGAGUCAGCAGGCAGAGCUAAAGUAACCUCUGAGUCAAAACCCCAGAGGCAAGCCAAAUACUGCUUCUAAAUUAAACCUCACUGCCCAAACUGGACUAGCAAGUUAUAUAAUGUGAUUAUUAUCUGAAAUAUUACAUCGCCUCACUGGAGGGAAGCAUGCUGUAAAAUACCACAGGUUAUUUCAUAUAAUCCUGAGAAGUGCUCAUUUAAAGCAGCACUGUCACUUUCUCCCCCACCCUUCCCAAAAAUUGAGUAUUUCAUAAAGAUUGAAUCUCUAUGAAAUUCGGAGCUGAAGAGAACCCCCGGAAGAAGAUGGAGGCACCUAUGAUGGACAGGUUCAGGUAAGUAAAGCUCACCUUUACCAGCACCCUCCCCCCCACCCCUUCACUACAAGCAUCAUGACACUUCUUUGAUGUUGGGUGGUCAUGGUGCCUGCAGUCUGUAUGUGCAGUGUAUCGGCUUGAAAUGCAGUACAUAGAGAGACUAACCCCUUAUUCUCCGAACCUGUAACUCUACCUCUGCCAGCGUUAGAGCGAAGUUCCAUGCUGCCUAAUGAAAAUUCGAUAUAAUUGUGCAUUAUUUCUCUAGGUCAGCUUGAUCAAGCAUUUGACAUCAUAUGUGAAAAUCUCGGUAGUAACUGGAAGAUGUUUAUGCGCAGACUUGGAGUUACGGACGUUAUUUUGGACCGUGCUAUGGCUGCACAUCCUUACAGUAUGUAUGAGCAGCAGAUGCAGUGUUUCAAGGAUUGGCGGAGAAUGAAGGGAGAGACGGCAACGGUUUCGGUUUUGUGCGAAGCCCUCCGAAGCAGCAAAUUGAAACUGAUAGAGGAUAUACUGACUGAAAAGCUGGAACUAAGCUAGAUUAUUUUAUAUAUAUUUCCACAACUUGUGUGGUUAUCAAAUCAUUGCCUGUGAAAUGAAUUCUUACACUAAGAGCAAGCCGGGGUUUUACUACACAAUCUAGAUUUUAAGCUCCUUCGAGCAGGGUCCAGAACAACUUAUCAUCCUGUCCAAAUUUGUAAUAGUUUCUCAUUUGUUUUUAAAUCCCCCUUUACAAUAAUGUAAAGUACUGCUGAAUACAUUGGCGCUAUAUUAAUGCCAAUAAUAAUAAUAAUGGAGGUUUUUAUGUCAAAAGCAGUAAACUUUGUAUUGUUUUAUGCCCAUUCUUGUUGAUUAGAUGGACAGGUAGAACAUGUUGCAUGGUAUAAGUGACGUCAGCACAGCUCUGCGACAUACAUGCCCGGGCCUUCCUGAGAUUAGUGGGAGUUACACACCCUGACAGCAGUUGACACCAUUGUCUCCCAUUAUGGGUAUGCCAAGAUAAGAGCAGGGAGGAUAGAGUCAGUGUGAUUCUCCAGGCAUGUCUGUAAUAGGAAAUGGACAACAUUUAAAUUGCAGUAUGAUCACCAUAACUAGCUAUCGAUUUAGUAGUUAUGUUGCUAUUUAGGCUGCAGUCGCUGUCCUCCGGUUCUGAGUUAAACAGUUUGCGUGGUUUGACUCAGAAUACCUGUACCUAACGGCUAAUGGAGAAGUAGAAUAUUCAUGUUAAGAACUUAAAUUUCAGCCAUAUUUAAAUGGCAAUGAUAGGAUUAACAGCCUAUCAAUGCCAUCCAUAUCAAUACACAAAGAGGGGGGCAGUUCUUGGAUGUCUCAGGGAUCCCCAGUUUUGCUAAACCAGUUAAGAAACUGAUUGACCUGGGGAAUGGUGCCUGGAUAUAUAAAUGUUUACAUAUAUACACACAGAUUUUAAAAAAGAAGUUGACAAAAAGGCCUUCUUAAUGUCUCUGUUCCUUCUCAUUGCUUCAGUUUUAAUUAAUAUUGCAAAAUGGAAGGAGAAAAUAAUAUUGAGAAAACAAUGUAUUAAGAAGUUUUCUUUUUUUUUAAAGUAACAGUAAAACCUCACACAAAUCGCUGCUAUUGGAAGCGGUGGUAAAGUAUAUUUUUAACACAAAUCUUUGCUAAAUAAAGCGUAAUGCAGGAUAUCUGUGACAAUUUUUUGGCAGUUCUGUAUAAAUCCAUAGAUAGUUAUGUUGACUUGAGAAGAAAUUUGUAACAUUUAGGCUAAAUAGACCUGGAAGACAAAUUCUCAAUUUUUUCAAGCUGCGAUAUUUUAGCUUUAAAGAGACAGUCUAAACACCAAGGACACAUAACUCUUAAUGAAGUACUGCCCGGUGCUGCCACUGUAGCUUUGCGGCUGGUAUAGAGCAUCAGCUGAUCACUCUCAGCCAAUAGAAACAUAGAAACAUAGAAUGUGACAGCAGAUAAGAACCAUUCGGCCCAUCUAGUCUGCCCAAUUUUCUAAAUACUUUCAUUACUCCCUAGUCUUAUCAAUGA